AUGCCUUUCAUCACAACUACCGGCAGUGGUAAUCACCACGAUACUGUCCCCGUGACAAAGGUCCGCGACCUUGAAGCCGACGAAUCCUUCGUCCUGACCGAAUACGAAACCCACGCACGCAAAUGCACCCGCUGUGUCGAUGCACUCGACGCCUUCCGCGAGGGUCGUCUGCUGUGUGACCGCGGACUCGCCUACGCCCGCGAUGUCGCAAACUACGUGUUCACAAAAUCCGGAAAAGCGUACUCGGCAGUCGACAAUGAGCAUGACGAAGAGGUCUUAGUGCGCAUUCCACGCGAAUAUAAGGCUUGCCGCCGGUUGCUGCUGGCAAUUGAGGAAGGGUUGAGGUUGCGCCGUGAGCAACCAAUUGUCAGUUACGAUGCCACAUACCCUGUUGGCGCACGACGACCUACCACUGCCAACUCCGCCGCCGCUGCCGCUGCUACUAUGAGCGGCGACGAUGGCGAGCCAGUCACUGAAAUCAUCGAGCGCGCUCCCCGAACGCGUCGUCGCGUUAUCAUCUACCGUCGCACAUCUCCCGGCCGAACCUCAUCCAGCCGCGGAUCACUAUACGAAGCAGACCGCGUCGACCGUCAAGAGCGCCGACAAUACGUGCGCUCCUCGCGAUGA